AUGUUUUUGACUAGAAGUGAAUACGAUCGUGGUGUUUCCACAUUUUCCCCAGAAGGUAGAUUGUUCCAAGUCGAAUAUUCCCUUGAGGCCAUUAAAUUAGGAUCCACAGCAAUUGGUAUAUCCACUAGUGAAGGUGUGAUAUUAGGUGUUGAAAAAAGAGUCACUUCAUCAUUAUUGGAAUCAUCGUCGAUUGAAAAAAUUGUCGAAAUAGAUCAUCAUAUUGGAUGUGCCAUGAGUGGGUUAACAGCAGAUGCUAGAUCCAUGAUUGAUCAUGCCCGUGUUUCUAGUUUAACUCAUAAUUUAUACUAUGAUGAAGAUAUUGGUGUUGAAAGUUUGACUCAAAGUGUAUGUGAUUUAGCAUUACGUUUUGGUGAAGGUGCUGGGGGUGAAAAGAGGUUAAUGUCAAGACCAUUUGGUGUUGCUUUAUUAAUUGCUGGUGUUGAUAAAGAAAAAGGUCCUCAAUUAUACCAUGCCGAACCAUCUGGUACUUUUUACAGAUAUGAAGCCAAAGCCAUUGGUUCAGGUAGUGAAGGUGCUCAAGCAGAAUUAAACAACGAGUAUCAUAAAUCAUUGACCUUAAAAGAAGCUGAAUUGUUGGCUUUGAAGAUUUUAAAGCAAGUAAUGGAAGAAAAAUUGGAUUGCAAGAAUGCUCAAUUGGCUAGUGUGACUGUUGAUGGCGGGUUCCAAAUUUACGAUGAUGAAAAAACUGAUGCUAUAAUUAAGGAAUUGAAUGCUCAAGCAACAGAUGAAGAUACUGUUAUAAGUUAA